AUGUCAAAAAACAUCAUCAUCGACACGGGCAAUGUCUUCAGUCCGGAUAUUGUUCAGCGGCUGCUGCUGCGAAAUCCCAAUGAAGAGGUCAUACAAGGCAUCGAGAACAUCCUGACGGCGUACUGUGGGAACAAAUGCGAAGCGACUGUUGUGAAAGUGCUGGACAAGGACGUUACCUACGUCGCCUCCGGCGUGGACCUGUCUCAUGAUCCGAAAAAGCUGGGACUCUCCAUAAAGCUCUUCACGUACCCGGAAACGUACCAGUCGGAGGAUGAUGAGACCAAGCAGGCGCUGAUCAAUGAGGCCAUCACCUCCAUUGUUCAGCUGCUCAAUGUCAACCGAAUCGACGACCUGACGCUGUCCAUCCAGGACAGCCAAGUUGAUCGGGUAGUUCCGGUGCUGAAGACCUUUUGGAGUGUGCUAGAGAACUACAAGACCUCUGGAACGAUACACGAGCUGAGCACCUCUGACCUGAGUCGUGAUCAACUACGUGAACUAUUUCAAGCUGCCAAAGUAAAGCCCACUUCAAGUAAUAUCAACCUCGACGCGUGCUGUGAUAUUCCCGACGAACUGACUGCCUUUUCGAAGGAGUUCGACUUUAAGCUGUACACCCACAACGACCCACUGG